GAGAAGGAGUAAUGCUCCGGAGAAAACAAAAUCGGCGCAACCACAAAUUCUUCAGCUUCGGCUUCUUAAACCCUUUCUCCCAAAACAUGAAUUUCAGUCCUUCUCGCCAGCCGUCGCUCUCAUCAAGAGUACCCCAUUCGCAUAGCUCCCUCGAUGUUGCCAAUUUUGAUUCGGGUGCCAUUCUCUUCAUUUCCAUAUCAUCACACAAAUGAGAAGAGAAAUUUAACAGGCCUUUUCUAUCCAGACAUUUUUGGGCUAUCUCCUUCUUGAAGGAGACAGAAGAUUUGAGAAUAUGUCUGGAUGCAAUAAAUCAUCUAAAAAUAAUCAGCAAUCAAUCAAAUAUUGGCGAAUUCAACAUGGAGGGGCGUCCUCUAAGGCUGAUCUUUCUUGUGUAGAUUAUUCGCCUUCUCUUUCCAACAAUGAGAAUAAACAAUGCUAUGGAAGUUCUCAACCAAAGUCCCCUCGGAUACUGAGCACAGCUCAGCUCAUCUCUGCAAUAGGCCAGAUAUGGGAUUCUGCAAGUCGCCCACUUUCGGUUUUACUCCCGAAGGAAAAUGUGAAUCUGGAUGAUAAAGGAUUUCCGAAAGACAAAAUUCUGGGUAGCAUUGAUGAGAAAAAGAAUGAACUGGUAUAUACUUCAAGUGACACUAAUUACCAUCCUGUUACCGGGGGCGGUGCCCAGAUUGUGCAGGAACAAUGGGAGUUCACUAAGGUAAGGCAGAAGAUGUUACUACUUGAAUCUUCUAAAGAAAGUCAAGAUUAUAUUCAUUCUUUAUUUCAGAGGCGUUCACAGGCUAGUGAUAACAAUACAAAUAAAGAUCGGAAAGAAAUGGAACAUGAGAGAGAGGAAAUGUCAUGUAAAUCAGGAAAUGUAUAUUGGUGGAUAGGUAGGAAUUUUACUAAGAUGCUAAAUUGUCAAGUGAAUGUUACCCAGCCUGAGAAUCUGGAAACUAAUUCUCCAGUUUCUGGGGGUGGCAUUUCAAUAGAUACAAGCACCCCUGCAUUGGCUAAUGAGAGUGAUAUGUGCAGUUCUAAUUCAAUCACACAUAAAACUCAAUCAUUAUCUGAUGCUGUAAUGCAAUCAAGAAUAGUUAGCUCUUUGUGUUCAGACUAUUUUCUUCAAGCUGUGCCUGAUACUAUGGCAGACAUUGGUGCUUGUCAUACCCUUUCUUCUAGUAUCUGUGCAGACUAUCAUAUUAACUCUUUAGCUUCCUGUGAUAGUGCUUCUGAUCAGUGCCAACAUGAGAUUGAUGAUAAUGAAUCACUGGAAAUCCAAAGAAGACAUGUCUUGGAUAUAACUGAUGAUGAACCUAAGGUUCAGACAUUCUUGGCAACCCAUCUGAAGCCUUGUAAUUCCCAAGCUAAGCAAAAACAUGCUUUUUCUGGGGCGUUAGCUGGUAUAUGUGUCAGUCUUUGUCUUCACCCUGUUGACACAAUUAAGACAGUCAUUCAAUCUUGCCGUGCUGAACACAGGUCCAUCUUUUAUAUUGGGAAGUCAAUUGUUUCUGAUAGAGGUUUGCUUGGGCUAUAUCGUGGAAUUACCACUAACAUUGCAUGUUCAGCACCAAUUUCUGCAGUGUAUACUGUCUCCUAUGAAUCAGUUAAAGUAGCUUUGCUUCCUUAUCUUCCAAAGGAAUAUUAUUCUUUUGCCCAUUGUGUGGGAGGUGGUUGUGCGAGCAUUGCCACCUCUUUCAUUUUUACUCCUAGUGAACGAAUAAAGCAGCAGAUGCAAGUUGGUUCUCAUUAUCGCAACUGCUGGGAUGUAUUGAUUGGAAUUAUCAGAAAUGGUGGUUUAUCCUCCCUAUAUGCUGGUUGGAGAGCUGUGCUAUGCCGGAAUGUUCCACAUUCGAUUAUCAAGUUUUACACAUAUGAAAGCUUGAAGCAAGUGAUGCCAUAUAGUACUCAACCCAACACUUUUCAGACUUUAGUGUGCGGAGGAUUAGCUGGAUCUACUGCUGCUUUAUUCACCACUCCUUUUGAUGUGAUCAAGACUAGAUUACAGACACAGCAGAUUCCUGGAUCAGAAAAUCAAUAUGAUAGUGUGCUCCAUGCCCUUUACAAAAUUAGUAAGAGUGAAGGUUUGAAGGGCCUGUACAGGGGGUUGACUCCGAGAUUGAUUAUGUACAUGUCUCAAGGAUCACUUUUUUUUGCUUCAUAUGAAUUUUUCAAGAGGGCAUUUUCUCUGGAAGCAUCACCCGACUAAUAUAUGCAUUUAGGACAAUGACGGGAAUGUUGAAGACGGCAAAAACUUAGAAUUAACAGGUCCAUCAUAUGGUGUUCCAGCAUCAGCUUCCCCAUGUCCAUCAUCGUUUGCAUUCUUGAUGACUAGAUAAUGUGAGGAAGAAAAGUUUAAUUGUGCCACAAGCAGUUUCAUAAACUGUAGUUUUAAAGAAUAAUUUUAAAUUCUUUUGUAACAUCUUACAAAUCUUCCUAUUUAUCACAUGAAGAAUGAAAUGAAAGCAUUGUUUUUUUUUUCUUCAA